AGACGCAAAGGAAGGAAGACUUCUUGUCUUCUGCUAUAAUGUAAACAACCCAACAGCUUCUUAGCGUGCCGAAAAAUUGUGCAGCGUUUAUUAUUAAUGUCAAAGACCGAGAGAACAUAUAGCAAAUAUUUUUGUAUUGAAUUUCGGAUGAAGUUAAUUUGGGAAUGUUUGUGAUAUCAUUACCAUUAGUAUGGAACCACAUCAAGCUAUCAUCAUAAAGAGUGAGAAAAUACUUUAUAUCCAUCUGACGUGUUCUUCGGUGUGAAUGGCUUUUUAUAACAAUCGUUGAAGUUUGAACUGACGACGUCACAUGGUCGGCGUGCGACGCACGUGCUGGCACGGCGCAUUUUAUGAAAAAUAUAGACCUGCAGGAUAGUUAUAUUGGUUGCUCGCUCAGAGAAAACUCCCUCUAUGCCUGUCUGUGUCCAUAUAUUAAAUUAAUUCAGGUUUUGAAUAUUUAUCAGGAUGUGUACGACUUAGACUGAAAAUUUCGACAUUUCUUAAGACUUCUUUGAACAUAUUUGUUGACAUAGCGUGAAAAUGACCAGGAUCAUCCAUGUUUCUUUAAUUAUUAUGAUUGUUGUUUUCACGUCGGAAUUGUCAAUUGUAAACGGGAAAAGGAAAAAGAGUAGAAAAUUAGAAUCAAGAAACUCAACAUACAGCGUUUCAUCAAAACCAGGGAUACUUUCCAAAGACCGUGAAAAUAAGAUUCUGUGCGAGUACUACACGCAGUGGUCAGAUUGGACGCGUUGCAACCGGAAGUGUGAGCAGACGCGAGUAAGAAGAUGUAACCAGCCAGAAAACUGCGGAACCAGUGUUCUCAAAGAAAAGCAAAAUUGCAAGAGACGCAAAGGAAGAUGUUCCACAUUAUCCUAUAAAGUGAUAGGAUUUCGCCGUGGAAACAGGUUAAUAGAGGAACUGUUAUACGAUUUACUGUACGAUGGAUGGUCGCAAUGGGGACACUGCACUCGCUCUUGUCGCAAAAGGAGAUUUCGCAAGUGUAAAGAACACAAAAUUUGUGGUAACAGUUACAUACAGGAGGAACGGAAGUGUCGUUUAGCGGGGACAGUCUGCGGUAAAAAGUACACAUUUAACACUUUUGAACCAGACACACACUCGCCUUCAGUCAGUGAACUAUCACCUCGGGAGUCGGCUCGCGAUCGGAAAGCUCCUCUGUUGGUAGCCACUAAGGGCAUCUGCGGAGUUCGGCCUCGAGGAGGAUACCGCAUUGUUGGGGGGAGAGAAGCCAUCCCCCACAGCUGGCCUUGGCAGGUCGCCAUUCUAACGAAAUGGAAGGAACAAUAUUGCGGUGGCACCCUCAUCGCCCCGGGUUGGGUUUUAACUGCUGCUCAUUGCAUCAGGCGUCGGGGUCGGAAACGCAGAGUUAUCGUUCGUGUGGGUGAACAUGAAAUAAAUGUAGACAACAAAAAUGAAAUGGAUAUGAAGCUUGAAAAAGAUUUUCCCCAUAACAAUUUUGAUUACGAAACAAUAACCAAUGACAUAGCUCUUCUUAAGCUUCGUAAACCAGAAAAAAUAAGUCAUAUGGUCCAGUAUGCAUGCUUACCGGAGCCCUCUGAUGAACUUGCUGAUGGAACAAGCUGUUUUAUCGUGGGCUGGGGAAAGCAGAAAAAUACACAUCUGUUGGGUUCUGAAGCUCUUCGUGAAGCGGAGGUGCCAAUUGUUAGUAAGAAAAAAUGUCGAAAAGCCUUCGAUUACAAUAUAGGCGACAAACAAAUUUGCGCAGGCUUCAAAAAAGGAGGCGUGGACUCAUGCGCAGGGGACAGUGGUGGUCCCCUUAUAUGCCCCAAAAUCGUGAAUGGAACAGAGCGAUGGAUUGUUUACGGAGUAACUAGUUAUGGGGAAGGUUGCGGCCAGAAAGGAAAAUAUGGUAUAUAUACUAAGGUUACUCAUUACCUCAACUGGAUCAACAGGGUCAUAAGAAACAACAGCUGAGUUGUUUAUUUUGUUAUAAUGUUAAAAAAUGCAGUUUUAGGGCUUGACUGUAUAUUUUGUUUAACUCAGGACAUCUUUAAAGUUCAGUGUUAUUUAUUUUGAUAUGUUUUAUUUCCAGUUGAAUUUUCACUGUUUUAAAUCAUUUACGAAGGAAGGGUGAUGUUUUGCUCAACACUUGCGCAAUUAUAUUACGCAAGUUCGGUAAGCGUACUAAUUAUAUUUUUGCAAUGAACCACCUGUUUGCCCUUUGCGCUGUUUGGGAUUUUUCAACGAUGUAGGUGGAAGUAGGCUACAGUUUUUCGGUAAAUAGUUAGGGAGAGGCUCGAGACAGAAUGUAACCCUUCUCGCUUUCAUAAAGAUUAUAUCAAAAGAAAAUGUUAAUUAAAUUCAUAAAGUUCAAGGUCACUGUUUAGAUUGACUUGAUACAUUUCAAACACAAGACACAAGAUUAAAGAAAAUCUUUCCUCACAGUUUAGCAUAUCAAAUUUUUUUCUUUUGAAAUAUAUGCACUUUCUUAAACAAAGUAUUUUUUACGACUGGCGCUUAUAGCAACAUAACUACGUGAAUUGUGCAUAUUCAUUGAUUUAUUUGCCACGUGUAAUGAUUUUAUUUUUAUUUUUUCUUUAUGAAAAUGAUGGUGAUUAGAGUUUAAUGAUAUUAUUUUUAUUUUUUCUUUAUGAAAAUUAUGGUAAUUAGAGAUUUAUUUUCUACUACAUACAUUGUUACUUAUCUCCAUUGUUGGUAUCAGUGUUUCAGGAAGUGAUGUUUCAAGCUGCACAUCUAUUGUAAAAACAAAACCGCGCUGAUCGCAGAUAAUGACUGUGGUUUGUGUUGCUAAUGAAUGUCUGCCAUAAUUACGCUCAGUAGGCCAAGGCCAUGUAUAAUUCUCUUUGAACACUCCUGGCCAUAAAAAAUUGAAUAAUAUGUAAAUAAAUAUCAAUUAAUGUUGAACUUGUGUACUUUUCCCUCAAAUUACCACGAAAUGAAAUGGCAGUUAAACAAGUAAGAACAAUUUACAGGCUAGAUAAGAUGCAAAAUGUUUAAGUUAGUAAAAAAAAAUGAUGUACAUGUAUAGUGGUUUAAAGUACGUUUACUCCAUAUGUAUCUGAAUAUCGAAAUUAGAAAGAAGCAUACUGUCACGUAUAUGACUGUAAAUUGGAAUUUACAGUAAAAUGGAUAAACGUAAUCAGUAUAAACGUGUGUUCAGUUUUUAAGCCAGUAAAUAGUUCAUUCCCCAAAUAAAACAUACAAUUUGAUUAUGAAAGUUUGUCAUUAUCCUCAUUCAUUACGUACAUAGUAUGCAUGUAAUUUUACAGUUGUCAUAUUUCUAAGAUCGUGAGCAAAGUCAAAAAACUGUUCUCAUGUAACAAUGCUGUAAAAUAAAUGUUUUAUAAAACUG